UGACUUAAUAGAUAAACACUACUCUCUACUCUGCUUUGCUUUCUCUAAUAAUAAUAACUCAAAAUCAUUUCAUUUCAUUUUGAGAAGUAAUAAGAAGAAACUCUCUCUUUCUAUUCUCGUCGAAAUUAUAAAACGACGGCGUUUUACGGUAACGGCGACGGAAAAUUAAAAUAGUUUAAAAAAUAAAAGAGAAGAAUAUGGGAUUAAUUGGUAACGGCGGUGGAGGUUGGGGUAUCGUAGGGAAGCCUUGUGACUCGUGCAAAUCGGCGGCUUCAGCCGCCGUAUUUUGCCGAGCUGACUCGGCUUUCUUGUGUCUAAGCUGCGACACCAAGAUCCACUGCGCCAACAAGCUGGCGUCGCGCCACGAGCGAGUUUGGGUCUGCGAAGUCUGCGAGCAAGCUCCAGCCGCCGUUACCUGCAAAGCUGACGCGGCUUCGCUAUGCGUUUCAUGCGACGCCGAUAUCCACUCGGCUAAUCCGUUAGCUCAGCGCCACGAGCGAGUUCCCGUGGAGCCGUUCUACGACUCAACCGACUCUAUUGUCCGCUCCUCUGCUGCACUUAAUUUCUUCGCCGUACCUGCUAGUGGCGCGUGCUCUGACGAGACCGGUGGUGGCGCGUGUCGUAACGAUGAAGCUUCUUUGCCUUGGAUGAUUUCUAAUCCUAAUUUUGAUUCUAAGCUCAUGGUGGCGGCGACGGCGGCGGAGGAGGAGGAAGAACCUAAUGUUGUUGUGAAAUCGAGUACUGAUAAUUUGUUCUUCUCUGAAAUGGAUUCGUUUCUUGAUUUUGAUUACUCAAACACGAUUCACUCUAGCUCCAUAACCGAUAGCGUCGUUCCGGUUAAAAUCAAACCGAAUCCUCCAUCUUCGAUUGUAAACAACUCAGAAAAUUGCUUCGACAUUGAUUUUUGCAGAUCUAAGCUCUCCUCGUUCAAUUACCCUGCGCAGUGUCUCAGCCAAAGCGUCUCAUCAUCGUCAAUAGAUGUAGGAAUAGUCCCCGACGGAAACUCCAUAUCCGAAAUAUCAUUCUCUUUCGGCGGAAGCUUGAAUCAAAACUCAUCGACCGAUCCACUGCCUAGCAUUUCAGCAUCAACGAACUCGUCCGAGCCAACUCAGCUCUGCGGAUUAGAUCGAGAAGCGAGAGUUUUGAGGUACAAAGAGAAGAGAAAGAACAGAAGAUUCGAGAAGACGAUUCGUUACGCUUCGAGAAAAGCUUACGCAGAAACUCGUCCGAGAAUCAAAGGGCGUUUCGCUAAGCGAACCGAAACAGAGACCGAUCUCGAUCUCGAACCAAUCUACGGCUCAGCCGCUGCUGCAGCAGCUUUUAUAGCCGAGUCUCAAUACGGCGUCGUUCCAACGUUUUGAUUAUGGAAAAACGACGACUCAAACAAAAUUCACCUCUGUUUGGAUUUCUUUUAUCAAAAUCUUCUACUAUGCUUAUUUAUUAGUUCUUCACAAAAAAAUUAAAAAAAAAAAUAAUCAAAAGUCAUGAUCUUGUACUUCACUUGAUUUGAUUCUUGAUUUAGAAUAAUCGUACGGUUUAAAAGUGUUUUCUGAAUAUUAAUUAUUACGUAAUGUUUUUUUUUAUGGUAGAGUUACAGCCUUUGAUAAAUAUAAAUAUAUAUAUAAAAUAUGAGAUUUUAUAUUUUUUGGUUUUUUUUUUUUAAGAGCUAAAGCCAAUUAGUGUAAAACUCUUUGUAUUUAAUAAUAAAUGUAAUAUUUCAAAUCAGUUUGUUAA